ACCCCCGAUGCCGUACACAAUAUAUCGUGAUAGGGAUGUCAAUCAUUUGAGCUGCACACAUCAUGAUUUGUACUGCAAAGAUUAAAUAAAAAUGUCUCUAGCUGAGCCUCUGUCCAAGAAAACUGGAAAAAUGAAAGCAAGUGAUGAUGAUGGAGAUAAAAAUUUGCCAGAUCCCUCGACAGAGAAAAGUAAUGAUGACGGAAAUCCCUUGACAGAGAAAAGUCAAAACAGUGAAGAAAGUGAUGUUGAGGAAAACGAAAAUCUAUGUGAGCUCUCUACAGAAAGAAGUCGAAAACGGAAAUCGAGUGAUCUUCAAGAUGAUGAAAAUCUCAGCUUGGACUCAAAGAGUGAAACACCGAGUUCCAGUAAGAUAAGAAAGACACACCUACCAUCGACUUCCUCGGAUUAUACGACGGGGAACGAGUCUGAAGAAGAAGCGGACUCAAGCUGCUCAGGUGAGGAAGGUGUGAAUGAUUCUGUAGGUAAUUGGAAAUAUAAGGACCUACUGGACUUGAACAUCUGUUACGCGGAGAAACCAGAAUCCUUGGAAAACUUUAUCCAGGAAGUCAAGGACGCUUUCUUGAAUCGGAAAGGUUUCUGUCCUGAUUGCAGUGAAGUAACCAGAAGUUUAAAGAGACACCUAGAAGAGAGUUUGACAUUUUCUUAUGAUUUAAGAAAGAUUAAAGACCUUGCAUAUACUUCAGUGGAUUAUAGAGAAGACGAGUCAAAGAAGGUCCACCGGGAGAUGGAGGAAAUUGUGAAAAAGAUGUGGAGAAAUUCUGAAAAUAUGCAGUCUAAUAGACAAGGAUUGGAUUCAUCUGUGAAGACAUAUACACAGUGUCAGCUGAAUGGAAUGGUGUUUGCUGUGAGGGAGUUUACAGUUGAGACAUCUCAACUGAUCAAAAAGACACUGUUUACCGAGACAGAGUUCAAGGUCAGGGGGAAAAGGAGGAGAGGACACACAAGGUCACAGGGUCAUCAUGGUGAUACAGUGUGUGUUAAAUAUCCUGAAAAUUUUUUCCAGAAUUAUUUUGAAGUAUUUGGAGGGAUGUUCUUUUUGAAAAAAGGUGAAAUACCAUGCAGAUCCUUCACCUGUAAUAAUCGAGUGGAAAGGAACAACCCUGAUUUGGUUUAUCAUUUCUUUUCUGAGAGGAAGACAGAGGAAGAACUCUUUUUUCUUUUGGAGGUAAAAGAAGCUCCAGUUAAUCAAGGUGCAGUAGAUAUUGAAGAACAACUUGGCACCAGAGUGAUGGCACAGGUUGGAUCAGAGCUGCUUGGCCAGUCCAUGUGUUCAGUAUUUUAUCCCAGUUCUCUAGGGAUCCUCUGUAUGGAAACAAAAUUAAUUUUUGUUUUCCUCAAAAUCACACUGGAGCAUUCAAUAUCCAUAUGUAAGGGAGAGAUAGGAUCAUCUGAUAAUCCAGGGAAGAUAAUGUACACCGAGUCAUUUGACAUUCUUAAAGCUGAGGACAGACUAAAAAUGGCUGAGUUUCUCUUCUGGUUAGGAUCAGUACAAGAUUAUGGAAAAUAUAAGUUUUUCUGAUGUAUAAACAUAUCAACUUAUGUCCAUCCAUUGUCUAUUUCAUCAUAUACAUUUGUAUGUAGUUAUUAUAUGUUAUAAUGUUAUAAUAUGAACUUUUAUUUAAAGAAAGGUAAUUAUACAAACUUAACAUUUUUUUUUUGAUUUGUCAUUUUUUU